GUCAGGGGUAGCGUUUGGGCAGGGGGUGGGGUUUGGUGGAAGGAAAGGGGCUGUCCCCUGAGGAGCGGUGCUUGUUGAAACGUUAGGGGCGGAAUCUGGCCUAGUGGAAGAACCGCGUCAGGGGUGAAAUCUCCCCAACCAUGACCUCCACCGGCCAGGAUUCCACCACAACCAGGCAUCGAAGGAGUAGACACACCCCCCAAUCUCCCCCCCAGGACUCCAGCAUCGUCUCGAAACCAGGUGUUAAGAAGGGUGCAGGACUCCGCUCCAGCCCCAAACUAGCGGAGGUAAAGAAGAAAGGCAGAAUGAAGAAGCUUGGCCACGCAGCAGAGCAAGACCUAGUUGUGGGGCUGCAAGGGCUGGAUUUGAACCUUGAGGUAAAGACACUAUCUGGUACUGGCUUGGUGUUUGAUGAACAGCUAAAUGACUUCCACUGCCUCUGGGAUGACAGCUUCCCUGAAGGCCCUGAGCGGCUCCAUGCCAUCAAGGAGCAGCUAAUCCAGGAGGGCCUCCUGGACCGCUGUGUGUCCUUUCAGGCCCGGUUUGCUGAAAAGGAGGAGCUGAUGUUGGUUCACAGCCUAGAAUACAUAGAUCUGAUGGAGACGACCCAAUACAUGAAUGAGGGAGAACUCCGCAUCCUAGCAGACACCUACGACUCAGUUUAUCUGCAUCCGAACUCAUACACCUGUGCCUGCCUGGCCUCAGGCUCUGUCCUCAGGCUUGUGGAUGCGGUCCUGGGGGCCGAGAUCCGGAAUGGCAUGGCCAUCAUCAGGCCUCCUGGACACCACGCCCAGCACAGUCUUAUGGAUGGAUAUUGCAUGUUCAACCAUGUGGCCGUGGCUGCUCGCUAUGCUCAACAGAAGCAUGGCAUUCAGAGGGUCCUUAUUGUGGAUUGGGAUGUGCACCAUGGUCAAGGAACACAGUUCACCUUUGACCAGGACCCCAGUGUGCUCUAUUUUUCCAUCCACCGCUAUGAGCAGGGUCGGUUCUGGCCCCACCUGCAGGCCUCUAACUGGUCCACCAUAGGUUUUGGCCAAGGCCAGGGAUACACCAUCAAUGUGCCUUGGAACCAGGUGGGGAUGCGAGAUGCCGACUACAUUGCCGCUUUCCUGCAAGUCUUGCUGCCAGUCGCACUUGAGUUUCAGCCCCAGCUGGUCCUGGUGGCUGCUGGAUUUGAUGCCCUCCAAGGGGACCCCAAGGGUGAGAUGGCCGCCACUCCAGCAGGGUUUGCCCAGCUAACCCACCUACUCAUGGGUCUGGCAGGAGGCAGGCUGAUCCUGUCUCUGGAGGGUGGCUAUAACCUGCGCUCCCUGGCUGAGGGUGUCAGUGCCUCAAUCCACACCCUUCUGGGUGACCCUUGCCCCAUGCUGGAGUCCCCUGGUGCCCCCUGCCUGAGUGCCCAGUCAUCACUGUCCUGCACUCUGGAAGCCCUGGAGCCCUUCUGGGAGAUCCUUGUGCGAUCAGGUGACACCCUGGAGGGGGACAGCGUGGAGGGGGACAAUGAGGAGGAGGAAGAGGAAGGACCAUGGCCACCCCCUGCUCCCCCAAUCCUGAUGUGGCCAGUGUUGCAGGCUCGCACAGGGCUGGUCUAUGACCAACGGAUGAUGGAUCACUACAACUUGUGGGACAAUCACCACCCAGAGGUACCCCAACGUGUCUCACGGAUCAUGUGCCGUCUGGAGGAGCUGGGCCUUUCUGGGCGCUGUCUCACCCUGCCCACACGUCCUGCCACAGACACUGAGCUGCUCACCUGCCACAGUGCUGAGUACAUAGGUCGUUUACGGGCCACAGAGAAAAUGAAAACCCGGGAGCUGUACCGCGAAAGCACCAGCUUUGACUCCAUCUACAUCUGUCCCAGCACCUUCGCCUGUGCACAGCUGGCCACUGGUGCCACAUGCUGCCUUGUGGAGGCCGUGCUGGCGGGAGAGGUUUUGAAUGGUGUUGCCAUGGUGCGUCCUCCAGGACACCACGCAGAGCAGGAUGCUGCUUGCGGUUUCUGCUUUUUCAACUCUGUGGCUGUGGCUGCUCGCCAUGCCCAGGCCAUCAGUGGGCAUGCACUGCGGAUCCUGAUUGUGGACUGGGAUGUCCAUCAUGGCAAUGGAACUCAGCACAUAUUUGAGGAGGACCCCAGCGUGCUCUACAUUUCCCUGCACCGCUAUGAUCAUGGCACCUUUUUUCCCAUGGGGGAUGAGGGCGCCAGCAACCAGGUGGGCCGGGCUGCGGGCACAGGUUUCACUGUCAACGUGGCCUGGAAUGGGCCCCGCAUGGGUGACUCUGAGUACCUCACUGCUUGGCAUCGUCUGGUUCUUCCCAUUGCCUAUGAGUUUAAUCCAGAACUGGUGCUGGUCUCAGCUGGCUUUGACGCAGCAUGGGGGGACCCACUAGGGGGCUGCCAGCUGUCACCUGAGGGCUAUGCCCACCUCACCCACCUGCUGAUGGGCCUUGCCAGUGGCCGCAUUAUCCUAAUCCUAGAGGGUGGCUAUAACCUGACAUCCAUCUCGGAGUCCAUGGCUGCCUGUACCCGCAGCCUCCUUGGGGACCCACCACCUCUGCUGACCCUGUCACGGCCCCCACUGUUAGGGGCACUGGCCUCAAUCACUGAGACCAUCCAAGUCCAUCGCAGAUACUGGCGCAGCUUGCGGACAAUGAAGGUCGAAGACAAGGAGGGGCCCUUCAGUUCUAAGUUGAUCACCAAGGAGGCACCCCAACCAGCCAAUCCUGGGUCAGCUGAAAGGCUGACCACACUAGAAGGGAACAUUCUGGAUGCAGGCAUGGAGAAGGCCACAUCAGCAUCAUCUGUGCAAGAGUCCAUUCCAGCCCAGAUUAAGUCAGAGACAGUUGUAGAACUCACUCAGGACCAGUCAUCAGAGGCAGUCACGGGGGAAGCUACGCUGGACCAUACCACCUCAGAGGGAGCCACACUAGACCAGACUGCCUUGGAGGCAGCCACAGGGAGAGCCACACUGGACCACACCACCUCAGAGGAGGCUGUGGGAGGAGCCGAGCUGAUCCAAACCUCUCAAGCCUCAUGCACUGACAGCCAGACUCCAACCUCACCUGUGCAAGGAGCCACACCCAAGAUAUCCCUCAGUACACUGAUUGGGAAUCUCAGGACCUUGGAACUAGACAACAAGGCUCAGGCCCUAGAGUCUGAGAUCCCAGAAGAGGAGAGGCUACUAGGAGAGGCCGCUGGAGGUCAGGACAUGGAUGAUUCAGUGCCAGUGCAGGCCUUUGGGGACAUUGACCAGGCCAUGUUUUAUGCUGUGACACCACUGCUCUGGUGUCCUCAUUUGGUGGAAGUAUGUCCCAUUCCUGAAACUGGCCUGGAUGUGACCCAACCUUGCCAGGACUGUGGAGCACUCCAGGAGAACUGGGCAUGUCUUUCUUGCUAUGAGGUCUACUGCAGUCGUUACGUCAAUGCCCAUAUGAUCCGGCACCAUGAAAGCUCGGGACACCCGCUGGUCCUCAGCUACGUUGACCUGUCUACCUGGUGUUACCGAUGUCAGGCCUAUGUUCACCACCAGGCUCUCCUAGACGUGAAGAACGCUGCUCACCAGAACAAGUUUGGGGAAGACAUGCCCCACUCACACUAACUCCCAGAACGUGUUCCUCUUCUCCACCUUCGGAGGCCCAAGAUAGACCAGCCUUAGUUCAUUCCACCCUGUACCUUGGAUGAGGGGCAGUUUCACUCCAUCCUUCCUGAAAACUCUACAACUCCCCAAGGAUGCUGACUUAAGUUUAAAUACCUGUAAGAGGACUAUGAUGAUUCAUUGUAGCUCUCCCCCUGCCCACUGCCUGCUCUAUGGACUCCAUCUACUCUGCCCCAGAAAAGAAAGAGGGACAGCUCAGUGGCCCCAAGAGGGUGCUGCUAUCAAGAAGAUGAUACUUUGGAGGGAGGGGGGAUCAACCGGCAGGUAUGGUGGGUUACUUAUGUAAUAAAGUACAAACUGUU